UUUUGAGCAUCAUCGUAUUCUUUAUGGUAGUGGGCACGGUUUACGACAUCAUCUUCAUACAACGGCCUCUCUGGGCAGCCUCCCAGAAAGAAGACCUUCUGACGAACCAAGAUGAGAAAUCGCGCAAUGGUUACCAUCCAGUGGCGGAGAACGGGGUCGCUACUGUUGAAACAAUACCUCUCGUGAACAAGACGUCUCAGAAAAUUGAACCGGGAAAACUAGCCAAAGCCAUCUUGGCGUUUUCUGUAUACACCAACGCCUCCAAAUUCCUGAACACCUACCAACCGCCCGGAUCUCUUGGCGCUAUCCAUGGCAUCAGAUUCCUCAGCAUGACUUGGGUUAUACUCGGCCAUACCUAUGUGUUUGGAAUUCAGUCAUUUGAUAACGCGGCUGACUACAUGUAUACUGUCUUCGGGAGAUGGUCGUUUGAUGCCGUGGCCAACGCGCUGGUGUCGGUGGAUACCUUCUUUACACUCAGCGGCCUUCUCACAGCAUACUUGGCAGUCAAGGAAAUGAAAAAGAAGAGCUGGAAAAUCAACUGGGGACUUUUCUAUUUCCACAGAUUUUGGAGGUAA